UUUUGAUUUGCCAUAGCGGGCAUGGACGUACUGGACAACGUGACGUCAGAGUGGGCGGAGGGAUAGAUUUCACAAGGAGUCCUGCACAUCUUUUUUCGAAACAUUAAAUAAACAAGCGCUUCAGACAUGAAGAUAAUCACCAUCAUUGGCAGAUUGUUUAUGUUACAGUGGGCUGAUAGGUCGGUCGUGGGCGAUGGUGUUCGCGAGUGGAGGCUACAGUGUGAAGAUCCACGACAACCAACCGGGACAGGCAGCCGUCGCUCUGACUGAGAUUAAGAAGCAGAUGAUGGAGCUACAGGAAGUGGGAAUGCUGAGAGGGCAGCUGAGUGCCACGCAGCAGUUGGCCUUGCUCAGCAGUCAUGACGACUUGCAGCAGGCUCUGCAGGGGGCCUUUUUUGUGCAGGAGUGCGUGUUUGAGAAUGUGGAGGUGAAGCAGAACCUCUUCCGGGACUUGGAGCGUCUGGUGGGCGAAGACGUGAUCCUGAGCAGCUCCACUUCCUAUUUGGUGCCCAGCGCCGUCUUCUCGUCGGUGCAAAACCCAAGCCGCUGCCUCGUCUCUCAUCCGGUCAACCCGCCUUACUACGUCAAACUUGUGGAGCUGGUACCUCACCCGGACACGUCGGCAGCCACGGUGGACAAAACCCACGCCCUGCUGACUGAGGUGGGUCAGGUGCCCGUCCGCCUGCGGAAAGAAAUUGACGGCUUCGCCCUCAACAGAGUGCAGGCUGCCAUCAUUGUGGAGUCUUGGAGGCUUGUACAGGAUGGCAUCAUCUCCGUCCAGGACAUCGACCUGGUGAUGUCAGAGGGACUGGGAAUGCGCUACGCCUUCAUCGGCCCCAUGGAAACCAUUCACCUCAACGCACCUGAAGGUCUGGCAGACUACAUGAGGCGUUACGGUGACGGCGUCCGACGAGUUGCGAGUUCCUCUGGGCCCGUCCCGGACUUCCUAUCUGAAGAUGCCAAAAGAAUUGUUAGCGAGAUGUGCCAGCUGAUCCCCAAUGACGAGCGGCAUCUGUCGGCCCGGCGGGAGCGGCGAGACCAGCUCCUUAUGGGCCUGGCCCGCCUCAAGAAAGACCACUGAAGGCAUGGGCACUACCUCAACGUGCCACUGGAAUUUAUUUCACUAGUAUUUGUUUUCCUGAUUUAAAACAACAGUCAGGAAUAGCUGUCCGUUUUGUGGCAUAAACAUUGUCGAAUGGU